UGGCGAGUGCAGCUCCGUGCGCCGCCCCGCUCCUGCUCCGCCGCCGGACUCUGAGUAAAUACAUUCAGCCAUAAUAGGCCUUUUGUCAUAAGCAGGGGAGAGAAAAACGCGAUUUACGACGGAGAUAAAUAAUUGAAAAAAAAUGCGGCUGUCCGACUGCGCAUCCCUGGGAGUGAACAGAGAAAUGCUGCGCCAGUGUCCCGGCUGACAGACGGAGCCGAUCUUCCCCCCCAACAGAAGCUCUCCCCGAGCCGCCCUCCCCUCCUUCCCUCCCUCCCUCCUGUCAUCGGGCUACACAAUAUCGCUGCCAAAAAUCAUCGUUUUCAAACAUGCGUGCAGGGAGACAGAAUAAAAGUUGUGUGUUGGCCAAUGCGCCCCUGCGUCGGUCCCAUCCUGCAGCAGCAGCAGCAGCAGCAGCAGCAGCAUGUCCCGUCGGAAACAGAAACGACCCCAGCAGCUUAUGAGCCUGACCCUCGGUGCCUGUCGGAUACUUGAACAUGAUGACAACUUGGCAGUGAAGUCAGACUCCCUUCCAAAUAACGUGGAUUCUCCGUUGUGUUCUCCAUCUUCUUCUACUCAAAGAUCCCAGCUGCCUUCUGCUCUUUGUUCAUCUUUCAAGGGCUCUCAGGCCUCCUCUCGACCCACUAAAGGUUCGCCGCCACCUUGUUCACCCAGACAACCUCCCCAGCCACCCCUCAAAGAUCUACAGCCUUCCGUCUCUCCUGACUUCCCUCCCUCUUCCCAAACGCAGCGUCCACUUGCCCUUCAACUAUCCGGUUGGAAUUCCACAUCUUUUCCAAGUACCCUCAACCACCCCUCCCGAGGUGCACACAUGGCCUCUCCCAAGUUGGGGCUGUCAGCCACCACCACCACCUCUUCCUCCUCCUCAUCUUCCUCUGCCUCCCUAUGUCCUCCGCCACACCCUGGAAGCCCCAGUCGUGUUCCAGAGGGCCCCCCAAGUCCCGUUACUCCCACCCCCAGCCCAGGAGUCACAUCUGCCUCAGCUGCACCCUCCAGGACCCAGCUGAGCAUCGCCCUGAUCCUGGAGGAGCUCCGGGUGCUGCAGCAAAGGCAGAUCCACCAGAUGCAGAUAACAGAGGAGAUCUGUAGACAGGUGUUACGUCUCGGUGGAGCCUCCUACAGCAUAGAUGCACCGUCCCAGCAUCUCCUGCCUCCCCUGCCUCAGCUCUGCCUGGAGAGUAGUAAAAGAGCAUCCAGCCCAGUAACCCAGCCGAGUGCACCUCAGCCUUCCACCUCUGUUGCUCCUCUUCUGGCAUGUUUCUCUUCCCUGCUCCCCUCUCAAGCAGUCAAUAAACCCUCACAGUCUGGCAGCUCCUUGUCUCAAAUCCUCCAGCCUCACAAGCCACAGCUGGAAGGAACAGGAGGGACCGCAGGAGCUCAUGGUUAUCUGAGAGGGAGUUCUCAAUCCUCGGCUCCCUCCACCUCUUCCUCUGCUGCCAUCUCCAUGGCUUCCUCCACCUAUCCGCUAGCCCUAUCUUUAGCUCUACCCAAUCGCUAUCUUCAUGAGAAAUCUUCAAAUACCAGUUCAGUGAGUGGGCACAGUGGCUUGUCUUUCCUUAACUCAUCCCUCCCCACAUCAGUAUCUAUUGUCUCAAACUCACCACAUGCUCUGCAGUCUGUCUCUGGAGGAGGAGACUCUUCAUCUGCAUCCAGCUCCAAUGCUACUGGCCGUCUCCAGCAUGGCUGUCGCUUUUGUGGAAAAAUGUUCAGCAGUGAUUCUGCUCUGCAGAUACAUCUCCGCUCUCACACUGGAGAACGACCCUAUCAGUGUCCAGUCUGCCUCAGCCGCUUCACCACACGGGGCAACCUCAAAGUGCACUUCCUUCGCCACCGUGAACAAAAUCCAGAGCUCUCACUCUCACUUCUGCCACCAUCUUUGUUUGGAGUAGCAUUAGGAGCCACUGGAGGAUCAGAUAUGGGACAGACAAUGAGCAGUGGUAGCAGUACUGGCAGCAUGAGUAUGAUACAGAAGAAGAGAAAAAGCAGGGCCGAGGAUGAAACAUGUGGAGAUAAUUUGGAGGCCAGUGGCACGAGCACUGGGCUUUCUCUGGGGGCCUCUGGAGGAUCUGCACCAUCUACACUACCGUUGCCUCCUAGUGUAGAUCUGGCUUUAAUUUCCCAUUCUCUCCUGCAGCUCAAUAGGGCUGCAGCUGUAGCAGCUGCAGCUUCUAUUGCAUCUGGCUCAUCCCACGCAUCCUCCUCUUCAUCCUCCACCUCUUCUCUGGCUACCUCCCUCCUCUCAAACCCUUCCCUGUCUUCAUCUUCCACCAUCACUGGGUUGUUUAAAGGUGCCAAGCAGCAGCACUUUGAUGAAAACACUCCCCCUCAUGCCCCAAUGCUUUCUCCUGCAGCUUACUCCCAGCUAGCUCACCUGCCUAAAAUUCUUUUCCCAUCUGUCUCUACUUCAUCCUCUACCCCAGCUGCACAUUCAUCCCUCUACAACCAUCCAGCCUUAGGCUUGCUACGCACUGCGCUACCCUCUACACCAGGCUCCCACCAACUUGCUUCUUCCAGUCAUUCCCAACUCUCAUUCCCUUUUUCUUCCUUUCCUAAAGUCCCAGUUCCAUCCACCACCACCACGUCAUCCUCCCUGCCUUCCUCAAUAGCUACCCCAACUCCUACAUCUGAAACCUCCAAGCUGCAGAGGCUGGUGGAGAAACUAGAGAAGGCCCCUCCCUGCUCCCCCUCUCCAUGGACUUCUUCCUCUACUUCCACUUCAGUGCUGGAGAGUUUAUCUAGCAGUAACACUACCUCCCUAGCAUUGUCUGCCAACAGUUGUUUCACAAAUGCCAGCACUUCUACUACAUAUGUCAUGGCAUCCCCACAGUCCUCAAGUCUUGUCACCACUUCUGUUUCAAACUUCACCCGUGAGAUGGUUGCUGCCCUUGGCAUGAGUGCAAAUGGAGCAAGUGCCAUGGCAGGGGUCAUGCUACCAUCGCUCAGCAUCACAGGUCCAGCUGCUAACCUGACAAACAAUCAGUGUGGGGUGUGUCUUCGGGUGCUGAGUUGUCCCAGAGCACUGCGGCUGCACCAGGCCACGCACCUCGGAGAACGUCCUUUUCCAUGUAAGAUAUGUGGACGAUCCUUCUCGACAAAAGGCAGCCUGCGGUCACAUCUCGCCACUCAUCAUGCCCGACCACCCAAUGCACGUGUCCAAAACUCUUGCCCGCUGUGCCAGCGCAAGUUCACUAAUGCCCUGGUGCUUCAGCACCACAUCCGAAUGCACCUUGGUGGACAGUUGCCCCCAGAUGGCUCAGAGGGUUCUGCACAUGAGAUGCCAACUGAAUCUGAUGCCAAACCUUUGCUACAAUCUCAGUCUCAGUCCACUGACCCAAACACUGUGUCUAGUAAAACGCCUCCUCUAGCCGGCCACACUAAGAGUCCAGCGCCAAGCUCACAGUUUCAGUCUCCAGCAGUUGGGUCCAUCCAUGUCUCUGGCAGUAUGAAAUCAGCUGAUUUCACUAAAAAUCUCAACAAGUCUCCAUCCUGCAGCCCAGACCACAUACCCCCCUCUGACCUUAGCCCUGACCCCUUCAUGAAUCCCACCACACAAACUCCACCACCAGGCAGUGCAGACCCCCCUGUCCUUUGUGUCAGUGUCCCCUUACCUGUCUCCCAGCAGACAGAUCAAGCUUCCCCAACUGCUGAAGACAACCAAGUUCAACAACAAGCCCCUGCUGAUGUCCAUCUUCCUACAUCUACCCCUUCACCACUUCCCUCCAGUGUUACCAAAGCCACAGUUUCGCCUACUUCUCUGGUAGGGGACUGUGGUGAGGGUGAAGCAUCUACCUCCUCUGAUGCCUUCCUUGGCUCUAAAUCAAACCUGGAGGAAUCACAAGGCACACCUGCUCUCGGUGCUCCCUUUGCUUACACCUGUCCCACCCCAAGUCAAGAUGUUUCUGAUGCUAAUGCUACGGCAACCUUGGAAUCAGACUCAAUCUCCGCAAGGCCUCAGUCACCAGAACCUGUGGAAGAAGACAAAGCUCAGUCUCCUCCACCUGCAUCACCAAAGCAAGACCAAGCAACUGUGCCUGACGAGGACCCCAAAAUGACGGCAACUUUGGAAACUACAGACACUACAGGUGCUGAAGUGAGUGGUGGACCACAGAGAGGAGCCGGUUUUGUAAGGGAGACACGUCAGAGCUUCAAUUUUGGUUCUUAUGGGCGAGAGGAUCGGGGGGAAGGCGUUAAGAUCAGUGGGUUGGCUCCAAGUGAAGCACUGGAUGCUUCCGUUCCCAUCAGCCUCGCUCCAACGCUCCCAUCUCCGAUGUCUCGUCCCGAGAAGAAAACCUACUGCUGUGCUGAGUGUGGAAAAGAGUAUGCAAGUCGCAGCGGACUGAAGGGGCACAUGAAACACCAUGGUGUGGUAACCAAAACAUCACGCCCACCAGCCCGGAGUAGCCGUUCUUCCGCUGACCAGCUUCCCUCUUCUACAUCCAUGACUUCCUUAAACAUUCCAGCCACCAGGAGCUCAGCGGGCUUCUGGAACCAGUACCAAGCCUUCCUCAACACCAGUACUGAGCCAACCGAUGACCCGACCACCGCAGGCCGAGGAGAAAAUGAGUCGGCAAAAUCACCCGGUCAAUCGCAGGUGGAUCCGAGGGCCUCUGAGGAAGCCGAGGACGAGUGCGAUGAAGGGUCAUAACUAGAGUCCGCCUGAUUGGCUGGAAAAAUGUUCUGGUGUUUUCAAUCAUUGCUUACCUGUUGGUGAAACUGUAUGGACAUUUACAUAGUACUGCUUCCUUAACACAUUUCAGGUAGCCUGUCAGUUUGAUAGUCAGAGUAAUAUGUCUGUAUGUAAAAGUUGUGAGUCAAUCAGCUUGGUCCUGUUGUGUUAAAAAAGAGACAACUAUUGUACAAAUAAAUAUAAAAGAUAUUCAAGGAGUUACAAUAUGAGUGACACUAUCUUUAACUGGCUGAAGUUCUAAACAGACUGAAGCACAUUCGAAUAGAAAAAAAAAAUCUAUGUUUGGAUAUGAGGAAAAAAAGUAUCCCUGUUGUAUCAGUGUUUCAUAGCAGACCAGGGUCAAAUAAUUCAUAGUGUUAGUUUUAACUCACCAACUAGCCCAGAUGGGUACGGUUUAUCAUUUUGAACAAAGCUGACGUGAUCAGGAUCAGUCACCAGAAAGUACAAUAAAAGAACUAGCUUAAAUACUUGUAUGUCAUUUUGUAAACAUUUUAUGACUGUUGUGCCAUGUACCAAAUCUCAUCCAACUGGCACCAAAGGAGACUCAAGCUAACCAAAAGAAAUUAUUUGGCAAAUGCUACAACCUAGAACACUCUUUCUAAUGAUAUGAAAGAGAAAAUCGGGUGAGUGUGACUAAAUUUUGCAUUGUAAGCGCAAACAAGGCCAACCAUAUGAAUGUGUUAUGAGGAGGGAUGGUUAAGUCUCUUGUCCUCAUCCUGUGGUUCUGAAAACUACUCACUCAUGUCAUUGUGGUUUCUAUUUUAAUAUUGUCCUGUCAAACCAGAAGCACACUUGCAGUGUUUGUGAGCCCAGCGAGGACAUGAUCUUUUGUGUGAUGUUUGCCCUUCAGCUUUGUGAAUAUUAUGACUGUUGUUUGGUCCAAAAGUAAUAUCUGUACCACAUUUUCAGUUACUAAAGUUACUAAAACUUUAAGUUUCUAUCUAUAUAUCAGAAGUCUAUGUCUGUUUGUUGUAAGCUGUACUUUCAAUAUAUCCACAUUAAAAACCAGUUUGGGAAGAAA